AAGGACGACAGACAUACCUGCCCGCCACCCACUAAACCGGGAAAAACAAAAAAAUAGAUGAUAAUCCUCCCCCGGUGCGUCGUUAUCUGCCAAUCAUCAUGACCCUCAUCCCUGCCGCCGACGACAACUCCAGUAAACCCUACGAUGCCGUCAUCCAGGCCAUCGUCGACUACGUCUACGACUACGAAAUCACCACCGAGAAUGCCUGGGCUCGCGCCAAGGUCGCCCUGAUGGAUGCUCUGGGCGCCGCCCUCGAGAGCAUCCACACCAGUCCGCAAUGCGCCCAACUCGUCGGGCCCGCCUUCCCCCUGGCCCCGGGCACCUCAGGGCUCUUCCGACUCCCCGGAACAUCCUACCAACUCGACAUCCUGAAAGGUGCCUUUGACCUGGGCGCCAUGAUCCGCUACCUCGAUCACAACGAUGCCUUUCCCGGCGCGGAAUGGGGUCAUCCCUCGGACAAUCUGGGUGCCAUUCUCGCCGUCGCCGACGUGCGCAGUCGCGUGGCCCUGGCCGAAGGCGACCCCAGCAGCGUGGUGACCAUGAAACAAGUGCUUGAGGCACUGAUCAAGGCGUACGAGAUCCAGGGGUGUUUCCAGAUCAAGAACGCCUUCAACAAGGUCGGUCUGGACCACACCAUCCUGGUCAAAAUCGGCGCGACCGCCGUGUCGUCCAAGCUACUAGCCCUCACUCGCGCGCAGGCCCUCAGCGCGGUCUCCCACGCGUGGAUGGAUGGUCACCCGCUCCGGGUGUAUCGCCAGGCACCGAACACUGGUCCACGCAAGGGCUGGGCGGCAGGUGAUGCCUGUAUGCGCGCGGUGCAUCUGGCCCUGCUGGCCAAGGCGGGACAGCCGGGUGCGAGCACCGUGCUGACCACCCCGCGGUGGGGAUUCUACGACGUCCUCUUCCAGGGCAAGGAGUUCGACCUCCCCCAGCCGUUCGGCACGUGGGUGAUCGAGACGGUGUUGUUCAAGGUGAACACGGCCGAAGGACACGGGAUGACGGCCGUCGAGGCGGCGCUGGAGAUCGCCGACACGCUGCGGGCGAAGGGCCUUGACCCGGUGAAAGACAUCCAGUCGAUUCACGCGAAGACCCAAGCCGCGGGCAUGACGAUCAUCAACAAAGCCGGGGCGCUACACAACGCCGCCGACCGGGACCACUGUCUCCGGUACAUGGUGGCAGUGGUGCUCCUCAAGGGCGCGCAAGUCGAGACAGCCGAUUAUCAAGACGAUAGUCCCUGGGCGACCGACCCGCGCGUGGAUGCCCUCCGCCAGAAGAUCACCAUGGCGGAGGAUGCCCAGUACACGGCGGAUUACCACGACAUGGCGGUGCGCAGCGUGGCCAAUUCGUUGACGGUGACCCUGGCAGACGGCACGGUGUUGCCCGAGGUGCUGGUCGAGUAUCCCCUGGGGCAUGUCCGACGCCAGGAGACGCCGAAGGAGGUGUAUGCCAAGGCGGAGCGGAAUCUGGGCCUGCGGUUGUCGGAGGACCGCGUGCAGGAGAUCCUGGCGACGGUGGCAUCGGAGGAGUUUUGGACGCUGCCGGCGUGUCAUUUUGUCAAUAAAUUUAGUUUGUAGUGGCCUUGCCAGGAUCAUCGGGGGAAGCUGGGAAAGGAUGGGGGUCAAGAUUUUGAUGAGUCAUAGGUUUAUUGCGUUCGGUCUAUCAUAGCUAUCUA